AUGGAACUACACGUCGCGAAACUUGUAUGUAUACUAACAAUAAUCCGAACGGUGUUGUCGACAUGUGGUCCUGCUCAAACAAUGCAAAACGAAGGUCUAAAACUAUGCUGUUAUUACGAUACAAAACAUAUACCCACAAUUGGUUACGGUUUUAAUUUGCAACGAUCAGAUGCAGCGUCGGUCUUGAAACGUUAUGGUUUGAUUCUUUCAACAGUUUUGAAUGACUGUGUACACAACACUAAACAUAAUUGCUUGCUGCAAAAUCAGGCUGCAGAAAUAUUUAAUAGCGGGUCAUAUGCGGAAGCUACAGCAUGUGUUGAAAAAUAUGUUUCAGGAUUACCAUCGAUAGUCAAAGCAGGACUCAUCGAUGUUGCGUUUGCAGGUUGUGCCACAUUGAACCAGUUCACGAAGAUGAAAGCCGCACUUCAAACAAAAGCUUGGAAGACAGCUGCCAAUGAACUAAGAAACUCUGCAUGGUGUACGCAAGUGAAAUCAACACGUUGCAAUUUAGAUUAUCAAUGUAUUGCGUCGGGUGACACUACACAAACUUCAAGCCGAACUACGCAAUCAAGCAGUGUAAAACCAACCACUGUAAAACUAACCACUGUAAGACCAACCACUGUAAAACUAACCACCGUAACACCAACCACUGUAAAACAAACCACUGUAAAACAAACCACUGUAAAACAAACCACUGUAACACCAACCACUGUAACACCAACCACUGUAAAGCUAACCAAUGUAAAACUAACCACCGUAACACCAACCACUGUAAAACAAACCACUGUAACACCAACCACUGUAAAACUAACGACUGUAACAUCAACCACUACAAAACCAACCACUGCAAAACCAACCACUUUAAAACAAAGCACUGCAAAACCAACCACUGUACAACGAACCACUGCAAAACCAGCCACUGUAAAACGAACCACUGCAACACCAACGACUACUACAGUAGAAUCCACGACUCCUCCAGUAUCCACGACUCCUCCAGUAUCCACGACUCCUCCAGUAGAAUCCACAACUGCUCUAGUAGAAUCCACAACUGCUCCAGUAGAAUUCACGACUGCUCCAGUAGAAUUCACGACUGCUCCAGUAGAAGUCACGACUGCUCCAGUUGACUAUACCGAUCCUCCUGAAGAUACGCCGUCAUACCCAGAUCCACCGUCGUAUCCUGAUCCACCCUCAUAUCCGGACUAUGGAGGCGACUAUGGAGGCGACUAUGGAGGCGACUAUGGAGGCGAUCGAAGAAAAAAGCGUUUUGCCCUUCGUCAGAAACGAGGCUUACGUCACGCUCUAAGAGAGAAAAGAUAUGCUCCGAAGAAAAGUUUUUAA